UGUCUAUGAUACACGGAACAAAAAUACCGUCGAACUGUCUCAGCGGUCCGUGCCUUAAAUCUUCCCCCAACUAGUCACACGUGUGACAGACAUUCACUUAUAUCAGCAAAUAUGCCGAAGGCAGCCAAAGGGAAGGGACAGGUGGAGAAGAAGGCUAUUCACCCAUACAGCAGGAAAGCUGCAUAUUUAGCAAGCGCUGCCAUCAAACAACAGAGGAAAGAAAAGUUAAAAGGUGAAAAGGCACAGCGUCUAAAUUUGAUUGGUGAAAAACUUUUGUGGUUCCAAAGCCAGCUGGACCCUGACAAAGCAGAAUACACUAAACAUGAUGCUUGUGAAAUAAUUGAGAGGUACCUUCACCGGUUUGACAGAGAGCUGGAGCAAAUUGAGUUAGCAAACAGUAUCAAAGGACGACAGGGUCGUCAGCAUGGCUCUAGAGAGGCUGUCAUCAAACAAACAAUAGAACGAGAGAGAGCUCAGUAUGAAGGCAAUGGCUUUGAAAUCCCUGAUAUCAUCAAUUCUAAGCAUCUGAAAAUAUUUAGAGAGUGGACUGGUGACCUCAAGAAACUCCCCAACAUUAAGAUGAGAAAGGUUUCAGCCAAAGGCUCUGACAGCGCACCGUCUGCAGUUUCACAAGAUAAACACAUGGGAGAAGAGAAUAAGGAAGAUGCAUCUCUGAAUUCUGACACAGACCUAUAGUACUGUGAAAUCCUGCAGCUCUACUACAGUAAAGUUUACUGUAGAGGAAAAGGACCAGAGUGUAUUGGGCCGCUUGCAAAAAUGUGUUGUUGUAAGGAAGGAGGUUACUUAGUCACUCAGGUAGCACAGUAUUAUUAAUCCAUAAAUAAACAGAGACUUUGAAACAGUUUGAUACAUUCACUGGUUUAUUGCACUGACUGAUGUUUGCAUGUUUCUUUGAUGAUGUGCAUUUGAAUUGUGAACAAUCAUGUUGAUCACCAAAUCUCACUUGAUCCUGGCAUGGCCCUAUGGGCAUUUUUUAUUUAUUAUUUUCAUAUAUCAAGAUAUAUGAAGUCACUGCAGAAAAUCACAAUACAAAAAAAAUGUAAAAUUUGCUGAAUUCUUUCUGAUUACCACUCAGCAAAACCUGAUCACCUCCAAACCUGCAAAUUAACAAAUCUCUGUCUUAGAAAUAAACAAACACUAUUCUCCAUAAACCCUUUAAAACAUACAUCCUUAGAAGCUGCAUAAGUUUUUUUUUUAAAUGAAAAAAAAAAUCCAGUCCUUCAUGCCAUAAAGCAUGGAGGAAAACAAAUCCUGGUUACCAUAGUUAUCCAUUCAUUUCUUAUUGAUUUAGCUAU